AUGACGGCAAUGACCAACGCUUCUCCUGAUUCGUCACCCGUUGCUGGCAGCAGUGUGGCCAGCAGCAGUACGGUGUACAGGAACCUCCCAGCUGAAAAAUUGUUCCUGGGCACUGGCCUGGAGAAUGUCACCCGAAGGAAGCCCAAGCGAGGUUCCGACAGUGUUAUCAUCUCCGGGCCACUGGCAGGUGAAGAGCCGCUUGGUUUCAUCAGCAGCUUUGUGCGGCGUAGUGACGGCGGAGGCGUCCUGGGUCCACGGGGCCACGUUCCGGCCGGACAGAGGCAGCCGCGAAAUGAAAGCAUCGAGAUGCCAACCGGUUUCCUCUGCACGCCCGAAUGUUGUGUCGGACAUGAGGUAAUUGGGGAGGUCCGCAUAACCGUCAUGACUGUACUGCAGUCUAAGGUGCCAGGUCAAAGGUGGAGAAGAUGCAGGGCUUUAGCGGAGGCUGGAGACAGAGCUUACGCUUCACUCGAUAUGCAUGGGGAGAUGGCGGGCAAUCAUCUCGGGAAGGAUGUGAUGUUGAGAAGACAGUGGUACAAGAUAAAGAAGCUACCGGGAACAGUGCGACACUAUGACUAUGAAGCAGGUCUCAACCAUGGCAUUUGGUUCCUUUCUGGGACCUGUGGUGAGGUUGGAAGCGACUACGAGGAACUGGUGCUGAAGCUGGUUCGGUGUCAUCGCAUCGCCGACAACGUUCCCACAGAAGCCGAGAAUCUUGUGAAGGUUCACCGCGAGCACUCAAGCAUUAGUAAAGAUGAGAUCCUCGCCUUUCCUAUCAAAAUCUUCAGCUGUUUCGAUGGGCCCACGAAGAAGCACGAUCUUAUUGUGAUGCGAAAGGUCCCAGGCGAGCGACUCGCCGAAGUCAUUUGCCGAAAGUUCUACAACAACCAGUUGGCUUUGCUGGAUGCCAUUUUCGAGAACCUCGGGGCGACUCUGGCCUCGUUCCACGAGCGCUACGGCAAACAGCAUGGGGACGGCUGA